AUGGCCACAAAAGCUGUCAGAAACAGAACUUUCACCGUAACCUUCGCCCUACCGGAGAUUGCUGAACAAGCCUCAUACGCUGAUCAUUGGUUCGUAUUCAUUCACGGCGAUACUAUGCAUGCCAAAUUGCUGCAACGCUGGGAUUUACCAGACAGGUUGGUGGUCUUAGGACGGACAGUGGAAACCGCCAAGCAAGCGGCUGUCAAAGUCCCAAUGCCUCGAUUCAAAGUGACACCACAAACUCAGAAAAUUCAUGAAGACAGUAGCAGUCCAACAGAGGAUGAAGAUGAUGAUGAGUUUCCUGGUGAUGAAUUUGUGGAACAAACAGUAAAGCAGACUGAUGAAGAUUUGAGUAGUUCCUCACAAGACCUUACAUCCAGUUUGUCUGCACUUGCUGGUGUAACGCCAUCCGGCUGUACACCAAACAUGCAAAUAGCAGCACUACUCGCACAGGCGGCAGCAACGAUGGCUGCCAUGGGAUCUGGAACAAACCUCCCACUACCACAAGCGAUGCAACCUCUGAUCGCACCGUUAGGAUUGUCGUUACCUUCCCUUCCGAAACCAGUCCCGGAACCGAUGAUGAUUAAUGCAAAGACAGCUGUGAAAUAUAAGCCCGUAACCCCGAUAUCUGGUCCGAGUUUACCUCUGAAUCGAAGUGCACAGCUACCCCGAAUGCCGAUGGGUAUCCUGAUUGCUAAAUCUAGACCAAGAGCAUGGACUGUACAAAAACCGUUGCCAAAAAGCAGAAUUCCAACGCCAAGUUCUAUAUGGAACUCAAAAGUGCAGAAAACUAUGCAACAAACGGUCGCAACACCCGUUAGCUCGUCGCCGAUAAAGAAAGCAGUACAAGCGCUACCACAAAGAACCGUCCCGAAAGUCACCCCACCGGGAGCAGUCGUAUCACUAUCAAGCACGGCUGAACAAUCGAGACCAUCGUUGGUCGUCACAGCCCCAACGACUAAACCAGGACAUCCUGUCAUAGAGACAAAUUCUCCCAAAGUGGGAUCAGAUCCAGGAUUUACCAUAUCACUGCCAACUUCCACAUCGUCACCACUUAGUGUUUGUAUUCCCUCGUCGAAGCCAGAACCACAGUCCAUACAAAAGGCACUGACGGAAGACAGAAAUAUAGUAGUACCUGUGUCGCAGCCAGCAACGGUUAAUGUAAAGUCGACGCUGUCAGAACCGACCAACUCCCUAGAGAUGAUAAAAGCUCCAUCACCGUGUGACUCGUCGUCCUCUUCGUUGUGUAAACCCGCACCACUGACAAAGCCUGAGCAAGAUCCUGCCGAUUCUCCGUCACCCAAUCGACCCCAACGAAAAUCAAAACCCAUACCCGCAGUUCCCAAGCCACCACCUAUUGACGUUGGGAUAAUUCCUCUUCCCGCUCCACCCAAGGUGAAAGACAGUAAACCGAUGGAUAAAAAACGAUGCAGAUCGCGCGAGCAUGUACAAUGCCCUGUGUGCAGUAAACUUCUCAGACGCAGUUCACUUACGGAACACAUGGAAAUGCACAACAACGGUGGACGAUUUUCCUGUCCCGUGUGUUCUAAAAAAUUCAGUCGUGCCAGUGGUCGAGAGAAGCAUCUUCGUGUCCAUACCGGUGAGAAACCGUUCAAGUGUCCGCACUGUCCUAAGGCCUACCGUCAGCAGAUUCAUCUCAACGAACAUUUGCGGUCACAUAGUGGUGAAAGACCGUUUGUUUGUCGGUUGUGUGGAUUUGCGUUGUCAUCCAGAUCCCAACUGACACGUCACAUCCGUACGCACGGAGUUCAAAAGAAACCGGCCGAAGUGCCAGAAUUGUGGUUCAAAUCAGACGCACCAAAAGAAACUGUACUUGGCCUGGCGGCCGAAGUGGGCCGUGUACUUGACGAGAAGGAUGAGAAACCGAAUAACCAGAAAACCAGCAAAGGUAAAUCUCGGGUUCUAGUGGCCAACGGAACGGAGGAGAACAAACAGCAAUCCGUGGACUUGGCAAAGCUGAGCCGAAAGUGUUUGUGUAAUGCGUGUCCUGCAGGAUUUCCCACGAUACAAGCUUUACGUAGUCACCGACAGUUCGCACACGGAGGAACUUACCCACACAAGUGCAGGGAAUGUGGAGAGGCGUUCGCUUCCGUGAAGCUCCGUCAAGCUCACUAUCAAGCGAAGCAUCCGCAUAUAUGUCCGUUUUGUUCGAUGGCCAUGUCACAUCGGAGGCCUGGUGUGUUGGAAGCGCACAUACGAGACUGUCAUCCCGACGAAGAGAGACUCGAACCGGACCCGGUGGAGAAGCCACCCUCACCUCAACCUUCAACCUAUCGAGUCGUGGAGGUUGCUACCAGGCAGUUACGAAGUACAACCAAGCGGGUCGCUUUUACGGAUGAUUCUGUUCAGAUACCAAAGUGGAAGCGUUUUCGGCCGGACAAAGUGGAAUCCGACACGAGCUCUGAGGAGGAAGAAGAUGGUGAUAGUCAAUCGGAUGAGCAACGUAGCGGAGACUCUGAGUAUGUAUCCGAAAGUAAGGAAUCGGUUUCUUCUGACGAACCGAAUUCCAAAGCCAGAGGAAAACAAGGUGAGGACGUGACGGAAGCGUCACAGGUAGAAUCAGGUAAAGCCACAGAAGACCAUAAUACUAACGGUGCUGAGAACUUAACGAAUUCAGUUGAAAACGAAGAAAAGCCGACAUUAGCUGAAAACGAACCCGAGCCAAAGGAUGUCAAGACACUUCCAGCCCUCUUCUUUUUUGUUCAGAACAUUGCACCUCCCUCUUUUUCUGAACCUGAUAGGCCGACUACAGUUGCGGCUCAAACAUCUCCCAACAACUCACCUUCGCAGUCGCACCCCUCCGGUUUCGUAGGCAGUCUGUCUGAAGAUCCAGCAACUGGUGCAGUUAAAUCUUGUUCAAUCUCCAUUCCUUCACAUGCACCAGAACUUUCAUCCCCUAGGGUAUCAAGAGAGGCUGGUGAUAUCCACGCCCAACCACACAUCUCUAAUGCAUCUUGCAGCACUGACCCCACCCCCUGUACAGUAUCAGAAAUCCAUUCAUCCCCGGUGAAACAGAACAUCAGACAGACAUCGAUGAAGGAAAACAAUAACGAGGACAUUCCUCUUGAUGUUGUCAAAUGCAACGGUGAGAGCACAGCUUUAGUCAGAGGUGAAUCUCCCACAGUAACUGACGGGCAUAUGCAGGGGUCACUCACCUUAUCCCCAAUUCCCAUCAAUUCCGAUCAAAUUGGUCACUCUCUUCGUGAUGUCGCAAGUCCCCAGAAUGACUCUUCUCCACCACCCAGUCGAGCUACUGAACCAGACGGUUCUCCACACGUCUUUGAUACAUCUCAUAUUAAUAGGGAAUCGAUUUGUACAGCACCGAAUAUGAGAAUGUCUUUACACAACGUAGACAUUGGUCACACACCCACACUCUCAAACAGACAUGACCUGACAGAUGUUUCGUUGGGUAACGUCAAGGAUUUCGAAUCACCGCUUGUAGUCCAGGCGGAUGCCUCCUUGAACGAGUCGGGUCUAACCAGUUGCUCAGUUGCUCCGUCAGCUGAAAGUCCAGUUGCCAGUAGCCCACAGGCUUCUUCUCCGCUCACUCACUCCCUUGUUGAGAUGCCAGAUGGCUCUUCUGUCUCCAUCCAGAAACAGCAAUCUCCUCACACAAACAUUACAGCUCCGUCCGAUCCUGACACAGUGUGUCACGACAUGAAUACGGUUAUUAGUGCGGUAGCUGAUAUCCCCCCUGGACACACCACACAAACAUUACAGCUCCGUCCGAUCCUGACACACGGGCCCUUCCUGUUAGACUCGGUCGACAGUUUGGCCCAGGGUAUGAAAACUGAUGAGAAUAGUCGUUCAAACGUGGCACCAUAUCGGUGCACACCUGCCAUGCAAUUCACACGAAGCAGGAGAGAUGAAAUAUUGCCGGCAUUGGAUUCGAACUACGGACCUACCGGCGAUUAA